AAUCCAUCUUGAAGUGAUGUGUUGCGAUGCAGGGAAUGUGCUAACCCCCCGCCGCCCCUGAUCACUGAAAGCGUGCAUCCGGGUACUUGGUCGAAAUUCAUUCAUUUCAUUCUUUGUUUUCAUACUUGUCAGUCUGUAAAAAGUGUAAUAAUUCAGUGCUGGUAAUGUCACAUUGGAGAGGCACGACAACAUUGAUGUGAUUUUAUAUAAACUGUUUUUAAAUUGAACUAUUUAAGUGGUUUUUAUAUUGUUUUAAUAGAAAGUGGUGGACGCAUAUUUCAUCGUUAUUUGAUCAAGUUACUCAUCUUUUCAAACUCAUCAUGACAUCUGCUAUAGUAAAUGGACUGCAGUUUCAAGGGCUUAAUGAUGAAAAUGACAAUUCAUCUCAUCCAAAAGAGCAAAUAUAUAUGAAUGGAACAGCAACGGAUACUUCAGAUUUACUGAAAUCGGAAACGCAUAUGGUUACACCUCAGCUUGCGGCAGCUUAUCCACAGUAUUCGCCAUCAACUGAACAGACUCAGCCACCUUCAUCUAGCAGUGCUGAAUCUAAAGACAGCACUCUUUUCCCACCGUCAAUAAUAACUGCUAAUGGAAUUGAACAACAAACUCACAAAGAGAAGUCAUCGCUUGAUCAUGAGGCACUAUGGUGUCAACUUUAUAGGCAAACAGACUUGGACAAUGAAGUCAAUGGAAGUACUUGCCAAACUACUACUAAUUCUACUACUGUUACCACCAUUCCUGCUACGGAUGCUACCAAAGUAAAUCAACCAAAGCGACUUCAUGUCAGUAAUAUACCCUUCCGAUUCAGAGAUCCUGAUUUGCGACAACUUUUUGGGCAAUUUGGUCCUAUAUUAGAUGUUGAAAUAAUAUUUAAUGAGCGGGGAUCGAAGGGGUUCGGGUUUGUAACUUUCGCAAAUAGUGCGGAUGCUGAUCGCUCGAGAGAGCAAUUGAACGGCACAGUGGUAGAGGGACGAAAAAUAGAGGUAAAUAAUGCAACUGCUAGAGUUCAGACAAAAAAAGUUACGCCAAUUCCUAAUGAUGGGCUGAUUUAUUCUUCUGAUGCAGUUGCUGCUCUUCGAGGUGUAGCUAUUCAGAGAGGGCGAGCUCGUGGUGCACUAGCUACUGCAUUUGCUCGUCAUGCAUCUCCUUUGACAGCAGCAGCAGCUGCUACUGCAUUACAUGGUUAUGCACCUAUCUUUUCUAGAGUGUGUCAAGAUCCAUUUCUUGCAUAUGCAGGAGCAGAAAGAUAUCAGUUACCUGCGUCUUAUGCAGCAAGUGCAGCUUACACUGCUGCAGCAGCUCGAAGUUAUGCAGCUGCAGCUGCGGCCGCUGCUGCUCAACCUGUAGCAUCCUAUGCAGCAGUAGCAGGCACUCCAUCUUUGUAUUACAGUUAUGCACGUGAUUAUGCUGAUCCAUAUCUUACUCAUGGCAUAGGACCUGUGGCAGGAUAUGGGGCUGCUGUUUACAGAACCAGGUUCACUCCCUAUUAGUGAAGAGCUGUUUUUUAAAAAAGAAAAUCAGUGCAUCUAAGUGGAUGUCUGAUGCACAUAAAUGAACAUUGCUGGGAGCACAAAGAAUAGUGUUUUUCAUUGAGAGGAAAGUGACGCACAUUUUGCAUUGUGGUUUUAUUUAUUAUCUUUGAUCUGACAAAAAGUGAGCUCAGGACUUCCUCAAACUUUUUUUUCUUUGCAGAAGUAUACUUUACAAUAUGGUUCUAAAGCCAAAUUAAUGAAGUUUCCUUAAACGACAACUUGACCUCCGCAAGCAUAGCUUAUGUACAGGCAUUAUCCCCCCAGUUUCUAGUCACAUUUAUUUCAUUUUUAUGUGGCCUUUUCACUAUCAGUCUUUUUCCCCCCCUCCCUUCUGUGUAUCGUGUAUUUUUACCGAAUCUCAAAACAUAAUACAUUGAUGAACCUCUUAUUACAGUAUUUUUGAGUGAUAUGUAUUUGUCUCUUUUCUUUAUUUCAUGUGCAUAACAUCUUUUCGUUUUUAUCUUUCCCAUAGAAAAGUAAUGCAUUUUUUUACUCUUUUAAAUAUCUCUUUUCAUUAUAUAUAUUUUUUUGGUUUUGAAAUUUUACAAAAUGUUUUAUUUUUCAAUGCAUAUGUAAAAUUCUUUUAAGUUGUAUAUUGAUGUUUUCCAACAAGUUCUGACGUUCGACUCUCUAUUUCAUGUCGAGAAUGACGAUUCUGUUUUGGGAAGAAAAAACUAGGACUUAAUAUUUUAACAACUUUAAAAAGAUUUUCAGAAAGAGAUGAAAAAACAUAAAUCUAAUCAUUCAAAUCAUCAAAAAAAGAUAAAUCUAAUCAAACAUAAAUCUUGAUGACAAUUUUUUUUAAAAAAAUGUCUCUUUUAAAUUGGUUUCUUGGAAGCCUGUGGCCUAUAUGAGCAUUUUUUAAAGGAUUUCUUUUAUACUCAAUGGACUGUAUUAACUCUUAGGAUAUUUAUAAUUUACAAAUGCAGUCAAAAUUUUCAUUUACACUUCAAACCUAGAAUAACCCACUUUAAAAAUAUUAAAAAUAAAAAGUUUAUAGUGAAAGACAGAAAUUAAUCAUUAAUAUGUGAAGAAGAAAAUGAUUUAUAUUUACUGUAAACCAAACAAAAAUUCUAGGGACAUUGAUUUCAUGUCUGCUUUGGUUUUUAUAACUUUGUUGUGACAUUAAAUUUUUUUAUAUAGCAUGAGGAAUAAUAAUCAAAUAUUAAAAUUUUUUUUAAAAAGUGAAUAAUCUUGGCUGUUGUAAUGUGUGCCAUAUUCUUGUGCGAGUUUCCAUUAUUUAAUUCUCUAUCUAAUUUAAUGAAAAAUAAUAUUAGAGAAUUUUUGAACCUUUUGGUUAGACGAUUAUUCCAUGUUAAAUAUAUAUGUCUUUUAUAGGGAAAUAAAAACAUUAACAGUUCAGUAAUUUGAGAUAAAUUAUCAAUUCAGAAUGAUGAAAAAUAAGCUUACCUAUUUAGGAUGCAAGAAUUGUCAAAAUGUCAUAUUUGCAUUGUUAAUUUGUUACAUUUAUAUAACAUCUUUAAAAUACUACUUUUUUUUUUUUUUAAUUUGUAAAAAAAAUUUCUACUAAAAAAUGUAUAAAACAAUCCUAGUCAUAUGUGUAUGAUUCUAGUAUGAAUUUUAUUUCUCAUAUCUUCUUUUCAUAUUUUUUAGCACUACAGAAAAUUUGAGGGAAUUUUAUAUGAAAAGGCUACAUAUUAGAAUAUGGUGCUAUAUAUCAUUAGAGUCUAUUAAAUAAUAUAGCACUGAUAAAGUUGAUUCUGAGUUUGAAUUUUCAGAAUACACAAUCAUAUUUUUUUAAUUCUUAGCUGCAUUUUUAAAAAUCAAUAUUAAUAUUUCUAUUUUCAAUUUCUGAAAACUUCUUUUUUCAUAUAAUUUUUAUACAUCGAAUCAUUAAAUUUAAAUCUUUUGAUAUCAAAAAGAAAUUUAAAAUAAUAACCCAUCAUUAAGUUCCAUGACCUUGGAUAUUUUUGCAUAUACAUAUUUGCUACCAGUAUGAUUGUUCUCCCCUUAGUUUGUAAAAUAAGGAUGACAAUAUAGCUAUAGUUUUUGUCAGAUUGUUGGAAAACAAUUUUGUUGCAUUUGUUUUAAUAAGUGUCAAUAUCUGAUACUUAGUCUAAGAAACUGAAUACUCAUUUAUAGUAGAAUCUCAUUUUAUUUAGCAUGUGAGUUUGUAGCAUUAAAAUGUAUGGCAGCUAGAACAUUGCAGCUGCUUGAAUUCAUAAUUUCCCUUAAAAUUUCCCAAAUCUUAAUGUUUUUUAAAAUUUGAAUUGCAUUUUCUUUGAAAGAGAAAUUUUUAUUUUCUUAAUUUCUAUGUGAAUGCUAACUAUAAUGUAUUAUACAAAUAUGAUUUAUAAUUUUUGUAAUAUGAUGGAAUCUUUAUAGAUGUCUUGCAUUUUUCGAUGAUAGAAGAGUGCAUUGUAAUGUUAAUGAUUGCAGUUGAUUUGAUAAUACCAAUAUCCAUCUCAUAAAUUUUAUUCAGUAAAAUUGCAAGUAUUAUUUAAGUUAUUUUUAAUCAAUUUUUAAAUCAUGUAUUGCCUUUUACAUUCAUUUUGUAUAUUUUUCAUAUUUUAAAAUAAUCAUAUCUGCAUCAUCACUAGCUUCACAUUGUCGAAUAAUGGAUCAAUAGAGGUUGUUAGUUUUGAUAUAGCAAUUUGAAGCAGUUAAUUCUAAAUUUCUUUCAUGCAAAAUAUAAAAAAAUAAUACAAUUUUGUUUUGUAGUUGUCUGGCUUUUUGUAUCAUUUUUAUUUAUUGUACACAUUAAAAAGUGCUUGACAUAUUUCUAAAAAUU